AUAUCAUUUUUUUGUAUGAGUCAGCUAGAUGCAUUUCUUUGUAACAAAGUCAUAUAAGAGAUCGUAGUUUUCAUUUCACAAAAUAUAUUUCUAUUAUAGGAAGUGAGGUUAAAAGUGAUGUUGUGGCUGUUGAGUGUGGUAUUUGGAUUAUUUGUCGGGGGGUUGUAUGCUGGUUUCUGCACACAAACAUAUACAUGUACAGGGACAUGUUACGCAAGUCAAUUGUACUAUACCGGCUGUGGUAUUUGGGAUGUGUUUAGCUGCACUAGAUAUAGGCCACUGUCUUAUUCCUGCAAUCAGACGUGUUAUAGGCAAGUAUGUUGUACUGGGUAUACCGGAAGUAGUUGUAAUACAUCUCUCUGUUACGGUUUAACAACAUGUCCGAACGGCGGCACCUGUCAAUCUCCAGAUCAGUGUGCAUGUCCAACUGGAUUUUCUGCUCCCCUUUGUAAUGACACAGACGAGUGUUCAAUCGCUUCACACGGAUGUCAGCAUGACUGUAGAAACACAGCUGGAUCUUACCAUUGUACAUGUCGUGCUGGAUAUGUAUUGAGCAAUGACCUCAUGACAUGUCUUGCGGACUGUGGUCAUCCUGGCGAUAUCAAUAACGGCACAGUGUCCGUUUCGUCAACAUUAUCCGGCGCUUUGGCUACUUAUACAUGUAACCCAGACUACAAUAUGACGAGUGGAGACAGAGUAAGACAGUGCCAGAACGACUUCACAUGGAGCGGCACUAAACCAACUUGCAUCUUUUCCAACCACUGUAAAAGUUCACCAUGCAAAAAUGGAGCAACAUGUGUUAAUUCUAUCGGUGACUUCCUGUGUACCUGCAGUAAAUGGUGGAGCGGACAGAUUUGCGAAACUGAUAUUCAGCCACCAGUACUGACAGGAUGCUGCGAUGAUGUCUAUUUAAAUGCUACAGACCACACGGUACAAUACAGUUGGAUCAAACCAACAUUUACAGACCCUAGAGGCUCUGACUUAGAAAUUGUCUCUAACUACCCAAGUCCAGAAUUUACCUUUCCUUGGGGAGAUUACACAAUACAAUAUGUAGCAACAAAGACGUCUAAUGGAUUACAAACUGAAUGCUCAUUCCAGAUCAAAGUGAGGCCAACACCAUGUGAGGAGCUCAAUGUCCCUGUUAAUGGAGCACGGUUAUGUAACGGCUGGAAGACGGAUUAUGGCAGAUUUUGUUUAAUUAUGUGUCAGCAAAACUACACAAUUGGGCCUACUCAUAGUUAUUACACAUGGCACGUGUGUGGCGCGUCUGGCAAUUGGAUCGCCGCAAGUCCAGUUCCUGAUUGUGAAGUUCCAGUGGUGUCUGAGUAUGAAGGAGAAUAUUAUCACCCGGAAUAUGCUAGCUAUGUCUUUUCGUCUUCGUGUGAAGAUGACGUCACGAGGAACACACUGCAGACAUUGUACAUUGAAUAUCUGAAAGGAACAGACGGAUUUUCUUCCUUCUGCUCAACCUUUGAAAGUGAAUGUAUGAAAGAAAAUGUUGAUGUCAAGUGUAAUACAUAGUUUUUCCCAUAUAUUAAGGGAGCUUAACCUGUACGCAUGUGGCACCAAAGUGUUAUGUCGUGUAAAACAAAAUACAUUUAGAAGAAUUAAGAAUUAACAUGAUCCCAGCUUAUGAUUCAUACAUCUAUUCAACUGUGUAUAUAAAAUAUAAUUGUACAUUAGUGCUUCCUUGCAAAAGACUUUGCCUUCGUCACUAUUUAGAAUGAUUGUAUAAACCAUGUUUGAACUCUAUCGCCUUUAUUUCUUUACCAGACUUAAGCGUACUGUGACAGAAUAUGUAUGAUUUAAAGAUCGCGGCUAAGUUCGAUUAUGGGUAAAACUGGAUCAGUCUGUAAAUGCCGUAUUUUAGCAAAUACACACUAGCACGUUCAUUUGCUAGAAUGUGUUCGUUCAUGUUCAAUUUUGUAAAUUAUUGGAGUUGUAGGUAUAGAUUUAUUUGCCCUUGACAUGUCAUUUUUGUUUACACUCUAACACUAGUUCGUUUUCAAUCCUAAUAGUAUUUUAACAUAAUACCAGAAAAAAAUCUAGCAAGUUUGAUUAUUUUCUCUUGACUUAUCAAAAAAGGUGUAUUUCACCAUGUGUGCACUAAUCCUUUCGACUACUACAAGGCAGGCUGCGAAUGACAAAAAUAAAUCUACACAUCAAAACAACAUUCAUUGAUCAUAUAUACUUACCAGCUUUCGGCGCAGCUAUAUUAAGCUCGUUUUUACCGGAAGUCGAAAAGAGUUCUCGACAACUGGUAGAGACGUUGUUUGAAUGAAAUAUUAGACGUGAAAACCUAAUUUUGUGAGGCAUCUUUUGAUUGGAUGCUAUCGCAUAAAAUGAUUCGUGAAAUACUGUUCCGUUUUCAGCCUUUCGUGAAAAUUGCUAUUUUUAUAUUACAUAAACAGCUCAUCUGAACAUCAAAACAAUUGUUUUUUACUCAAAGCUAAUAUCAUUGAUGUGUAUAGCAAUUACGCCUAUAUUACUGAUGUUCAAACCUGAAAUAUAUGUUUUAUCAUCUUUUAACCUGUAACUUGUAAUAUAAUAGUGCUGAUUUUAAUAUUGCACACUAAUUUGUGUUUUCAAUAAAGGCUUAAUCAUCAAAGUGUCGACCAGGCAGUCCUCUCCCAGUCACAGUCAGUCAUUGACAAUGGGGACUAUCUAGUUCUGGCUAAUAUAAUUUAACUGACACUGUUUUUAUUUUCUGAUGGUCGCAUUCAUUAAGUUAUGGCGAAACCCCAUUUGUUUAACUAAUCAGUAUCAAACCGCAACAUCUCGCACAGUCUCUCGUGAGAAACUCAUGAUGUCAUGCAACAAACAGUUCAGAGCACGUGGUUAUUCUUGAAAAUCAGUAUCAAAAUUUUACCUAUUUGUGAAUUUAAUUUAAUCACAUAAAAUCUAUAAAACAAGAUACAAUUUCUCAGAAAAUGUCAAUAAAUAACGAUUCUCUACCGCCUAUCGGUUUUUCAAAAUACACUGGUCGGGUGACAACUGCAAUGGCACAAAAAAUGCAUCAAUUUCAUUCUAGAAAUUUUACGACUUGAAAUAAUAGUUGUUGCAAAUAUUAAAGUUUUAGCUUUUAGAUAUUAAAAAGUACUUCCUGUCAUUUAUGAUAACUUUUUUAAACGAAAUGUAUAUAUGAGCUAGUAUUAGAUUUUGAUUUUUCUAACAGACAAAAAAAAAUUCAGUACCGCCUCUUUCAAUGUGUAGAAAAUAGACUAAUCUUACACUGUAUUCUAUUGAAUUUGGUAUUUUGUGGAGACAUUGGAUAUAGACUUUAAUUAUCAAUGGAAAACUGGAUAUUAAAUAUUAUCAUUUUUUAGAUAUUGAAUAUUUCUGCCUUUAUUAGGAGAUGAAGAAAAACGUAUACAUAUUUAGUAAAUUAGUACACUAAGCUAUCAUUUCAUACUAAAUAAAAGCCUGAAAAGCUGAAUUUUAAUUUUCAGGUGCUAUCUCUUCUAGCUGGAUGUUUUAAUUACAUGACAAAAUAUACAACCUUAACGAGGAAUCGAACCCAUAUCGGUGAGAGACAGGUGAUUCAAAAUCAGCGACCUUAACCACUCCAAAACAGAGCUACAAAUAUGGAGGAUAUUUGUUUGUUUCAGUGUAGGAUAGAAACAUCUUUCACCAAAUGAACAAUAUAUAUGACAUAGAGAAUGAUGUUUUUAUUUUAUAUAUAAAAUAAAAAGUAUCUCUUUA